AUCCCUCAAUCCUCACUUCUAGCUGGGGGGGGGGGGGGGGGUGCCCUGCUGUCAUGGUAACCAACAGUUCCAGAACACACUCUUCUGGCAGUUGGCCCUCCAGCUGGUGAGACUCAGCUCAGAAGGGUCUUGAACUCAGGUCCCUGGCAGUUGGCUACACGUGUGUAGGUCUGCCACCCUCUGGCAUGCCUGGCUGUCACAGGGGCGUUAAAGGAGGUGUCACGGCGGGGUAGGACGGGCACCUGGUGGCUCUGACCUUCAAGGAAGGCCAUUAACUGCCAUUAGGAGGUGUUCCCACAAUUGUGACCUGUGGCCCUGUAUGCCCACUGGCUGGGAUACCUACUGGGAGAGACGAGGCUUCUUCACAAGCACUCGCAGGUUUAUAGGAACAAUAACUGUCCCUGAUGUCCAAAUCUGAGAAGGUGACGGCAGAUGACAAAACAGCCCUGUCUUCCCCAGAGGAGGGAGAUGUCCAGGACGCAGUGGCUCAAGCGUCCAAAGACAGCGACCACAACAGCAGCUUCGGGUCUGAGCUGAGCCUGUCAGUGGGCUACUUCCCCAAUGAGGACACCACCCCCCCAGACUCGCCCACCUCCAGUGAGGACACGGCUGCUGAGGGGGCUCCGCUCUACUUCCUGCCUCCCAUCCAGGGGUCGUGGAGGACCACGGGGCUAGGGAGGCUCUCCGGGGGUGGAGGCCAUGCGCAGGCCGGCCCGGAACAGUUCUGCAAGCUGAGCAUCAGCCUGGCCUGGGACAUGGAUGCAAGCUCCACCAGCUCAAACCAGGCAGCCCCCGGAGACUGUGAGGGAGAGGCCCUGUGGGCAGGCAAGUUCCCUCACAGAAAGGCAGAACUGACCCUCUGCCAGCUGGACAGUCUGGUGCAAAAGCUGGAAAUGUUUCUAGAAGAUCAGAAAGAUGAGGAGGAUACUGUGCUCUUUGGGCCAGGACCAGGAGAAGAUUUCCAAGAGCCUGGCAGCCCUGGCCUGGCUCCAACCAGGGUUCCAAACGCUGUCCCUUAUCAGGACUUGCCCAGACUCAGCCCACUGCACGAGGAAAAUGCCACCCAGAGUAGAGCAGCCCCUCCAAGGCUCCUAGGAGGUGAACUGGCAGAGAUAAGGCAGCCAACGCCGCCAGGGAACACUCCAGGAACCUCCUGCAAGACACGGAGCCUGCCAGAGGAGGAUGCCAGCUCCAGCACACAAGCCCAGUCCUGCCUGAACUUGAGGGGGGUCUUCCGCAGGCUCCGGCAGCUGUUGCUCUCCUCUCUCCCAGGGAGAGCCACCUGGAGCUCCCAGAGGCCUGCAGAGAAGAAGAGACUCUUUCACAGAGGCAUACAGAUCCAACCUCAAGAAUCCUGGAAUCAGGACGCCGUGUAAUACCAGAUUUAUAAAUUGCUUUAGAUAACCCUUGAUCUUCCCUAUGAACUUAUUGCUUUCCCCAUGAAUACAAAUUUUCAAUAAAUAGUCUUUUUAUUCAUGU